UUCAUUGACGCGAGAGAGGGCUGUUCUGUAAUGGGAUAUGGGAUCGGGGUGGGGAUGAUGACGCCAGCAGCACCCCUCACGCACACACCCUUCACCCCACCCUCCCCAACCACACCACAUACGUGACAAGUGAAUAAAGCUCGGCUUUGGCAUUGGCCGAUAAAAAAGCACAUGUUUGGCGCUGCUCAUUGGGUUUCAUGACAGAGAAAGACGUGGAGAAGUCUCUUGGAGCAAGUGAGCAGCGGGGCGCACAAGGGGAGCACGCACUGAUUAUAAAGACAAACUCAGAUUCAAAGAGGAGAGAGAUCAGUAAAAGUACACCAGAGGCAUUGGAAAAGUGAGAGAGGGGCAGAGAUAGACUUUCUAUCUCACUCUCUUCAGGCUGCACUCCGGAUCGCGGCAAGCGUCUGGCAACCGCAGGACAAUGUCUAGUAAAGCGACUUUGGCUUUACUUAUCUAUGGAAUCUUAAUGCAUUACAGCAUUUACUGUUCACCUGUGGGGCUCAGCGUUCCCAGCUUUAGAUUUGACAGUGAGCUUUACGAUGAGGAUGGGAACUCUUUGUCUCCAGUGGAGUUUGAGCACGAGGAUGUGGAGGUGAGGAGCGCUCCUGCAGACGACGUCUUCUCUCUGUUUUAUCCAGCAGAGGAAAGAACGGAAAGGCAUGCAGACGGCAUGUUUAAUAAAGCCUACAGGAAAGCGCUGGGGCAGUUAUCAGCAAGGAAAUAUCUCCAUUCUCUGGUGGCAAAACGUGUAGGCGGGGGUAAAACAUUCGACGACAGCGCGGAGCCUCUGUCCAAGCGCCAUUCAGACGGCAUCUUUACAGACAGCUACAGCCGCUACCGAAAGCAAAUGGCCGUCAAGAAAUACCUGGCCGCUGUCCUCGGGAAAAGGUACAGACAGAGAAUUAGGAACAAAGGACGCAGACUGGCUUAUUUGUAGCACCCCCAAAAACUACAGUGUGUGCCACCCCACAUCCAAUCAUUCUGAAACCAAUCGCUGGAUCGCUUUUGUGUUUUCCAACUCCAACUUGUAUUUAUGUAUGAAGUAAGCCAUUAAAAGAAUAUUUUGAUAAUACUAUGUUUUUUAGUUUUGUAUGUAAGCACUUGAGGAUGCACAAAUCUACUUUGUGGACCAAUUUUGUUUCACAAUAGGCUUUAUUUAUGUAUCCAUUGAAAUAGACCUGAGGGAGUACUAUUGUUCACUUGCGCAGAUUGCCCUGUCUUUUAAACAUUUAGUCAAAUUCAUGAGCAAAAUAAAUAGUUUAAAAGACAAUCAAUGUUUUGAAUGCUGCUUUCUGUAAUGUGUCAUUAAGAGUUUAGUUGUCUCUAUUCACAACAGCCUUGAAGACAUAGGUUUUCAACAUAUCCUACAAGACAUAGACUUUGACGCCCUCCCAGACGGUGAUGAGUUUGAGGCUUUUUUGGGAGACUGGCUGAAACAGUUUUCUCCCAUGUUCCCGGUGAGUCCCGUUGGGUGCCUCUCUCCUUCUCCUUGCACCCUGCCAAAGGGGUGUCCGCUCUUCUCUUUUCCUCCUCGCCUUCAAGACUCCACCUUGUGAUCUUCCUUUAAACACUGCACCAGUCCUCUUCCACCUCAGAUGUGCUCUUGUCCCUUAGCUCUCACAUUGUUGACCUGUUACACAGUGCACUGGCUCAACACCUAAUUCUAAUUUGGCCGUAUCAUGAGAAAAAGUGAUACAUUUAAGACAGGAGCACUUCUGAGAAGUUUCAUAUCUAUUCUUCUGCACUUCUUACAGCUUUGAUUCAUGUAAAGUGCCAAUCGUUGUAGUCCUACUAAAAGAUGUUUGGGGAAGCUCCUCUUCUGAAUAUGUCCAUUUAAGUAACGCACAUUGAGCAUAUGAAACUGACUAAUGUGAUACAAAUUCCAUGGUGACAUUUCCAUCUCCUGUUCCUUUUGAGACAAUACCUUGAAAAUGUGUUAAAGCCUUCUGACCUAUUGUGCUUCCUUUUCUGUCAUGUGACUGAAUGUAAAUCAUCAGUACACUGCAUGGUCCAAGUAUUUGCACUAGUAUUUGCCACCGCACCAUGUACAACAAGGUGACCAACCCACCUGUCAUGUCCUCCUUUGUUUUUUCAUCUGUUACAUUGCCAACAUGGCUGUGAGCUUUUGAAAAGUGAAUGUACCUGUCAUGUUUGUAUUUCAUUGUUUUGAGGAAAAAAUGUGUCAUUGGAAUAUAGUGGUCAGCGUUUUUAUUUGACAUGUGAUCAUAAAUUACAUACUGAGAGCCAGAUGAUGCAAGUAACUACAAAUUAAAAACAAACACGCACAAAUUUGGUAAAAAAUGUACUCUUUCCCAAGUAUCACCUUGAACCUAUGCUUUAUUAGUUAUUCCUGUGUGACCAUUUUUCAUGCAUUCGUUUUGUUAUAGACCUACGCUGCAUUUUGAGUUCUUGUGUUUGUAUCAAUCUUUGUUUUCAUUUUGCAUUCUCCUCUAGGCCUUGUGACGCAGGAGCAGUUGCGGCUGUGGUGCCUUGCAUCGAUUCUUAAUGGCCUGAAUCACAGACGGCUCUUUAGUGGCCCUACAAUGCUGCACAUCAUCAGCUAACAUUUCACUUUUUGGUUAUUGUUCUGUUUGCUUUUUGUGUUGCACAAAUGUCUGGUAGAAUCUCUAGUGCCACCAAGCUUUGACCUCAAGCGUCUGCGCUUGCAUGCUUUCAUUUGCACCUUGCAUCCUACAUCUAUGUGGACAAAACAGAGAAACCCAAGGAUCAGAUCCCCAGAGAAACCUUCUCUGUAUUAAAAUGCCAAUAGCCUUACAAAUCUGACUUAACCUAUAAAUAUAGUCUAUAUGCUUUCUGUGACAAUAUUAGAUUGACACUUAUUGCAAUCUGUAAGGGUUCACUUAAUAAAUGUUUGAAAAAAGUGUUGUAAGAUUUGUAUGAAUAAAUUUUUGUAAACAACUCAUA